AUGGAGCUCCAACGCAAAGAAUACCCGGCAUUGCUGACAUCGCUUUCGCCCGCCCAAGCCGUGACGGUCCUCGACAGUCGCAUGAGACAUGUCGGCCAACUCAACAACCACAUUGCCGACUGGCUACAGGAACGUCGUCGCGUCGAAGAGCAAUAUGUCCAAGGCCUGCGGAAGCUCGCAAACAGACAUCCGCCCGAUGAGUCGUCGGAUUUGGGCAUCUUCGCGACGCCAUGGCAGAAGAUUGUAAGCGCAACCGAAUCCGUCGCCCAAUCGCACGCGCAUCUGGCUACCAAGAUCGAAGCCGACGUCGAACGACCCCUGCGCGACUUUACCGCCAGCAACCGAGAUGUGCUGGCCAUGGGCAACAUCCAGGGAAACCUCUCGGCAAUCGCAAAAGACAUUGACACGGCGCAGAAGAAGCAAGGCAAACUUCGUGAUAAGGGAGCGAAGGCCAAAGCGUCCGCCGUCGCCGAUGCCGUACAGGAUAUCGAAAAGGCUGAGUUGCAAUGGGACUCGCAAGCACCCUACGUCUUCGAACAGCUACAGGCCAUUGACGAGACCCGCCUGAACCACCUGCGUGAUGUGCUCACGCAAUUCCAAACCCACGAAGUCGACCAGGUAGAGCGCAGCAGGACCACGGCUGAAGAGACGUUGAACGCCAUGUUGAACAUUGAAACGGCCGAUGAAAUACAAACCUGGGCAUUGAGGAUGCGGAGUGGGGAUGCACCGCAACCUUCGCGGAAGCCGAGCAACCCAGGAACUCCUUCGAGAAGCCUGGCACCGCCUCCUGUCCCAACAUCACCCCCUGCGGCAGACGACAACAGGAGCCAGAAGAGUGGCUCUGUGGAGAAACACAGCUCCAAUCCUCUCAAGCGGUUUGGGACCGUACUAGGGCGACGGAGACAGAGUGCACACCCAUACGGCAGGGCGACAUCACCAGACCGAAACUCUUCAUCAAACCUUGGUUCGGUAUUCGGUGGAUUUGGCAAGGGCAAAGCGAAAGACCGUGACAACCAGGGCUCCUCAUUAAGCGCUACUGCAGAACGCCCAACAUCGCCCCUACGACGCCUCUCGCAGCGACCCACUACUUCCCAGAGAUCCGACUCCCCAAGCCUCACCCGCCAGGCCAGCACCGAGGCUGCCCCAAACGGUACCAUACCUGAGUCGCCCGCCGAGACAGAUGCGCCAGGUGCCGUCAAUGGAACCGCGCCUGCUCAAGAUUCUAUACCAGAGCUCAAGGAACCCCUGCCACCGCCUCCGGUCAUAGAGACGCAGCCAGAACCCGAAAAGGAUGCCGAAGGUUUCUCUGUGCCCCCAUCCGCUCUUGAUGCCAUCUCGGAAGCCGAGAGGGAAGCAGGAUUGGCGCAAAAUGAGGGUAAUCCCCCUCCCCAGUUCAAACUUGACAUCAAGAACGCUCCUAUUCAAGAAGAAGAUGGUGAUGCUGAUGCGGCUACUGCCAAUCUGGUCAACACUCUGCGCGCACAAGCCGCACAGCCGAAGCGGUCAAGCACCUUGCGUGGUCGCCGAGAUGUUCGUAACACGAUAUUCGUACCAAACCCUGCAACACCAGAACUUCAAAGCAUAGGCGAGGUGCCUCCACUCCCAACGGGUGACUCUGGCCUUGCUUCUGGUCCUGGUUCAGCAACGUUCCCUACCCCCGCGAUUCCUCCUCAACCUACUUCUCCAGCUUUUAAGCCUCCACAUCGGUCGUUGCUGUCGGAAGACCAUGCUGCAUCGGACACACAAUCCAUCCGAUCGGGCCGAUCGCUAAGUAGCUCCGCUAGUACCACGAUCAGGCAUCCGGACCUGCAUGAACCGGGGCUCAAUGCGUCGUUAGUGGAGACAGUCAGCGCUUGGUUCGAGCAGGGUAACGUUACCAAGGCCAUGGUAAUCGGACAGGUUGCGCUUGCGUACAACCCUGUCGAUAUCUCUGCUGGUCCUUUUGGCACUGAGAGCAUACGUCUGGAGAACUUCCCCGUACUCGAAAAGGUAGCACCUAACCCUGCCUUCAUCGAGCAGUCGACAGAUAGCCCAGGUAACUACACCGUGGAUCUGUCGAAGAUUAUGAAGACGUCGGUUGCAUUCCACUAUCAACUACACAUCGAAGACAGCAACAUCGGCUCGCUCCCGCCAAUUAUUCUAUCGCCAGCCUGGAAAUCAGAACCGACACAAACGUCUGCCAUUCUCAACUACUCUCUGAACCCUAGAUUCGAGCUUGGUGGUGCGACAAGCAUCACCAUUCGCAACCUCGUCCUUGUGAUCCGACUUGAGCCUGGAUCAAAAGCGACAUCUUGCCAGUCGAAACCCACUGGCACUUUCUCGCGCGACAAAGGACUCAUCUAUUGGCGCCUAGGCGACGUUACCCUUUUCAAAGACUCAGCUCCACAAACACUCCGAGCACGCUUCGUUACCGACGGUCAAGCCAAACCGGGCAACACAGAAGCCCGCUGGGAGAUCAACGACGAGCAGUCAUUGACUCUCGGCAGCGGCCUAGGCGUCAGCAUGAGCGCCCCCCUCAACGCUAAGAAAGACGACGGGGAAGCUGAUCCGUUUGCCGAUAUUGAUGAGAAUGCGCCGGCUAGUCCGGCGAUUGAAUGGAAGCCUGUGGCUUCUGUCAAGAAGAUCACUAGUGGAACAUACUUGGGUGUUUAG